AAAAUACAUAGAAAUUAAAAUUUAGUGCUGUCAUAUGCCGGAAAGAUUAUUAACCACCUUGAAUCAAUUUAUGUGAUUAUGUAUUAUUCGUUGUAAUGAGCCUUUUGCAAUACGAUAAUAGCUACUUAUUUGGCUACGUGCAUUUUUGCUUGUAAAAUUAAAAAAUGUGCUCGUUGCAUAACACUCGUGCGUCGUGGUGAAUGUGUGUUUUACGUAGUGCACCGAACCAAUAACGUAUAUGCUGUAAGCAAUAAAUACAAUAAAAGUAAUAAAUGAUGCCCUAAAUUAAUCUCAGGAAUGUCUAUAAAUAAAGUUCUGUUGCAAUUACACUAAUAAAAGAAAUUGAAUCCUAAGAGAUACGUUAAAUAUUAACGAACCGAUCGCAUAUACUUAUAUUAUAAAAAUGGCUUGGGGCUAUUGGAGUGCAGCGUCUGUGUCGACAACUGACAGGGGCCGAAGUCCCCGUAGAAAUCAGAACGGUACCGCUGCGACACUUCCUUUUCAAUCAGCCCCCGCGGUCCCUUCCGAAGAACGUCCCCCGGCAAGCGUUUACAAUCCGGGACCGAACAAUUCUAACAGUCCACCCAGUCAAGAGUUCGAUGUGGGUCCUUCAUUUUCCCGAAGGCCUUCUUUAGAUCUGGGACAUAUGCCUCCUCAAAAUGCGCUGGCUAACAUCUUGUGUGCCGCCCACGGCAGCAGGCAGCAAGGUACGCUAAGUGCGGGCAAUACAUUGACCAGAUUGGGCAGUCGACAUGCCGCAGUACACCCGAGUACCGGGGUAGAGUAUGCCGUGCCUCAUCAUCACCAUCAUCAUCAUCACGCAGCUUACAUUGAGUACCAUCAGAAUCAGCUGUCGUUUUCUGAUGAAGAUUCGGGAUCUGAACCGGGAUACGCUUCAGUUUUUCCAAAUGUACCGUCCCAGCCCGGAAUGCCAUGUCAAGGAGAAGAUAGAAGCAUAUACAGAAGAGGAGCCCGACGUUGGAGAAAGUUAUAUAGGGUUAACGGACAUAUUUUCCAAGCUAAGCGAUUCAAUAGAAGAGCAUUCUGUGCUUUCUGUCAUGACCGCAUUUGGGGCUUGGGGCGGCAGGGUUUUAAAUGUAUCCAAUGUAAACUCCUUGUUCACAAAAAGUGUCACAAACUUGUUCAAAUUCCAUGCACUAACGAGCACGUGGAGCCAAUUAUCAAAGAUGACCAUAACGGGGAAGCCCAAGCUCACGGAAUUCGAGAGGAAAUCCUUUCUGAAAUGCGUGACUACCCCGAACCUCCUCCUGACGUGACCAGUGAUUCUGUGCCAGUAGAAGACCCGACAAAACAGACAGAUGAUAUCUUAGAAAUAGGCUCACAAAGACAGUAUUCACUUAAUGACUUUGAACUCAUAAGAGUAAUUGGUAGGGGUUCGUAUGCCAAAGUUCUGAUGGUUGAAUUGAAGAAAACUGGUAGAAUUUAUGCAAUGAAAGUGAUCAAAAAGGCCUUAGUUACUGAUGAUGAGGACAUUGAUUGGGUACAAACUGAGAAGCAUGUUUUUGAGACAGCAUCAAAUCAUCCGUUCUUGGUUGGCCUCCAUUCGUGUUUUCAAACCCCCUCUCGUCUUUUUUUCGUUAUUGAAUUCGUCAGGGGUGGAGACUUAAUGUUCCAUAUGCAGAGACAACGAAGAUUGCCAGAAGAACAUGCUCGAUUUUAUGCAGCUGAAAUUUCCUUAGCUCUAAAUUUCUUGCACUGUAAAGGCAUUAUUUACAGAGACUUAAAACUGGAUAACGUACUCUUAGACCAUGAGGGCCAUAUAAAGUUGACCGAUUAUGGUAUGUGUAAGGAAGGUAUUAGACCUGGAGACACGACUUCAACUUUUUGUGGUACUCCUAAUUAUAUUGCCCCAGAAAUUCUGAGGGGUGAAGAUUAUGGAUUUUCUGUCGAUUGGUGGGCGCUGGGCGUCCUCUUGUACGAGAUGUUGGCGGGUAGAUCGCCCUUCGACAUAGCAGGUGCUUCAGAAAAUCCUGACCAGAAUACUGAAGACUAUUUGUUCCAAGUUAUUCUGGAAAAGACCAUUCGUAUUCCACGAUCUUUGAGUGUCAAAGCAGCUAACGUACUUAAAGGUUUCCUUAAUAAGAAUCCUGCUGACAGACUUGGCUGUCACAGUCCUGACUCUUUUUCUGAAAUUACAUCACAUCAGUUCUUCAAGAGUAUUGACUGGGAAAUGUUGGAGCAAAAACAAGUAGCACCCCCGUAUAAACCCAGGUUAGAAGGUGAUCGUGACUUGGCUAACUUUCCGCCAGAAUUUACAGACGAACCAGUACAUUUGACCCCUGAUGACCCACGUGUGAUAGAAAAAAUUGAUCAAUCAGAAUUCGAAGGUUUCGAGUACGUAAAUCCAUUGCUCAUGUCGCUAGAAGACUGUGUGUGACAUCACGAGCUUUGCGUCUUACAUCCCUACAACCUGCCUCCUCCUCCCAUGCAUCGUUUGCCACCACCGCCCCCUCCACCGCCACCUGACGAUCUCGACCUUAAUUUCAUGCAUUUGGACAUGCGACCCAGCAAGUCAAUUCUACAAAAUAUAUUUUGCCUUCCAUUGAACUAAUGUUACACAUUAAUUAAAAUGUUUAUUAAUUAAAAAUUACAUAUAACGGUAGUGCUUUGCAGACGAAGAAUUUUGAUCUUUUAAGAGGGUCAACUUGUUCAUCCUUAUUAUGUAUUGCGCUAAUGGAAAUGGCUCCGCAGAUUUGUUAAUAGGGUAAGUUGUUCAACAGUUUACAAGUAGCACAAUUAACGCUAAUCUUGGAUUUUUAAACAGUAGAUUUGAUAUUUUGGUAUUCUUUUUAUUUUGAUUGCGAAGAGUUUAUUUUCCUUUAUAUUUUCGUGCUAAUUCGUAAUACUAAUGCUUGUGUAAUUCGUUAUUAAAAGUAGUGAAGAUAUUUUAGAAUUUCGUCAUUCAUCAAGACAAAUAUGAUAAAUUUCAGUAUUGUAUUAUAUAUUACAAUUUUUAUAAAAAAAGAAGUUUUUUAAGUACAUACUAUUCUCUGUUUAUUUAAUUCAAACUACUAAGGACAAGUCUGCCCAGUCACUUUCAAAUUUAAUUUUUCUAAUCUAUUUAUUUAAUGCAAACUAUACUAAUACACUUUUAGUACAGUGGCUAGUACCUUAUAAUUAUUAACGUACUAAUUAAAGUAAUUAACUUUCUGUAUUUAAAACAAAAACGUGAAAAACUACUCUUCAGUAUUUCAUUAGCUUAAAACAUAAGAUGCCAUUAUUGACUGUUAUCACAUUCCAAAAAUAAGUACUUAAAUAACUAGUUGUUUAUGCGAGGAAUUUAAAAAAAUGAGAAAUUUAGCUAAACAAUAAUUCAUUUGAAUUUUGCAGUGGAUAUAUAUGCAAAUUACAAAUGGAUUAAUUCUUAUAAUAGGUAGAUACAAGAAAACUAUUGCUAUAAAGUGAUAUACAUAAUAAUGAAUAAUAUUUAAUGAUAAAGCACUGAUAUAUGUUUGUAAUCGAAUUAUCUAUUCUAUAUCAGUGGCAUCUGUUACAUUCCAUUUAAAAGACUAGUUAAUUUAAUAAUUAUUAAGAGCAUUUAAAGGAUUUUAUGCGUAAUUUGACUUAAUUAGUUGCUUCGAUUAACAACAUAAAAGGAAAUCUCAUCUUUACUGUUUAACAUUUAGAGGUCAUAGCAGGGUACCCAAGGCGAACCACCCAUGCAGUUGUAGUUCUCAUAUUUCUUGUAGAAGUUACUCAAUUCAUAAUGAAAAGCAGAAAAUUAGUCAAAAAGGUCACUAAUUUAUGAUUAGAACGAAAUUUUUUUUAUUCAUAAUAAUUAGACAUUGGCGAGCAUAACAUUGUGUUAAUUUGAAAACAAUACGACUUAUGGAUUUUUAUAGCGAUUUAUUAUUCUAAUAAACGGAUAAAAAGUAGAAAGAGGAGACUGUGGUAAAUAUUAAUUAAAAAUUACAUAUAACGGUAGUGCUUUGCAGACGAAGAAUUUUGAUCUUUUAAGAGGGUCAACUUGUUCAUCCUUAUUAUGUAUUGCGCUAAUGGAAAUGGCUCCGCAGAUUUGUUAAUAGGGUAAGUUGUUCAACAGUUUACAAGUAGCACAAUUAACGCUAAUCUUGGAUUUUUAAACAGUAGAUUUGAUAUUUUGGUAUUCUUUUUAUUUUGAUUGCGAAGAGUUUAUUUUCCUUUAUAUUUUCGUGCUAAUUCGUAAUACUAAUGCUUGUGUAAUUCGUUAUUAAAAGUAGUGAAGAUAUUUUAGAAUUUCGUCAUUCAUCAAGACAAAUAUGAUAAAUUUCAGUAUUGUAUUAUAUAUUACAAUUUUUAUAAAAAAAGAAGUUUUUUAAGUACAUACUAUUCUCUGUUUAUUUAAUUCAAACUACUAAGGACAAGUCUGCCCAGUCACUUUCAAAUUUAAUUUUUCUAAUCUAUUUAUUUAAUGCAAACUAUACUAAUACACUUUUAGUACAGUGGCUAGUACCUUAUAAUUAUUAACGUACUAAUUAAAGUAAUUAACUUUCUGUAUUUAAAACAAAAACGUGAAAAACUACUCUUCAGUAUUUCAUUAGCUUAAAACAUAAGAUGCCAUUAUUGACUGUUAUCACAUUCCAAAAAUAAGUACUUAAAUAACUAGUUGUUUAUGCGAGGAAUUUAAAAAAAUGAGAAAUUUAGCUAAACAAUAAUUCAUUUGAAUUUUGCAGUGGAUAUAUAUGCAAAUUACAAAUGGAUUAAUUCUUAUAAUAGGUAGAUACAAGAAAACUAUUGCUAUAAAGUGAUAUACAUAAUAAUGAAUAAUAUUUAAUGAUAAAGCACUGAUAUAUGUUUGUAAUCGAAUUAUCUAUUCUAUAUCAGUGGCAUCUGUUACAUUCCAUUUAAAAGACUAGUUAAUUUAAUAAUUAUUAAGAGCAUUUAAAGGAUUUUAUGCGUAAUUUGACUUAAUUAGUUGCUUCGAUUAACAACAUAAAAGGAAAUCUCAUCUUUACUGUUUAACAUUUAGAGGUCAUAGCAGGGUACCCAAGGCGAACCACCCAUGCAGUUGUAGUUCUCAUAUUUCUUGUAGAAGUUACUCAAUUCAUAAUGAAAAGCAGAAAAUUAGUCAAAAAGGUCACUAAUUUAUGAUUAGAACGAAAUUUUUUUUAUUCAUAAUAAUUAGACAUUGGCGAGCAUAACAUUGUGUUAAUUUGAAAACAAUACGACUUAUGGAUUUUUAUAGCGAUUUAUUAUUCUAAUAAACGGAUAAAAAGUAGAAAGAGGAGACUGUGGUAAAUAUUAAUUAAAAAUUAAAAGGAAGACU